CCACCAUCACCACUCACAUCCGAUCACAAUGCCGAGUGUUGCACAACAAGAAUCACCUCUGGCGGGAUCGCUGGAAGAAGCAAAACAGCGCUAUGAAACAACAAAGAAAGCACUUAAGACAGGAAUCAGUAAAAAGCGACAAAUCGAUCGAGCAUUGACAGACUUGGAAUCACAGAUAUUCUUGUUUGAAGGAUCUUACUUAGCUUCAACUUCUGCUUCUGGUGGAAAUAUCGUUAAGGGAUUUGAUGGAUAUCUUAAAUCUACCGCAACGGGCGGACAUACCAGUAAAUCUGCCGCUGCUGCUCUUGCGAUGAACCCAAACGACGUUCCGAUUGAAGAUCGAAUGUUCAGCAAUAGUAGUUCUACCUAUACCCGUUCACUACAGCUAAAAGCAAACGAAGGUCGAUCUCGUGAACAAAGUCCAUCAUUGUCAAAAAAAGGAGACAAGAACGAAAAGACUGACAAAUCGGAAAAAGAAGGAAAAUCGGAAAAGUCAUCAAAAAGUGAAAAAGGAGGUAAAUCGGAAAAGGGUAAAAAGGAUAAAGAUGAUGAUCGAUCUGAACUUGGAACACCUUCCACAAGCGGAAAGAAGGAUAAACAUGCCGUUGAUUCAACACCAACAAAGGGUAAAAAGCGUGAUCGUGAAAAAGAAGCAAGUGCUCAAGUGAACGGAAGUUCAAAAAAGAAACAACGCAAAGAUGACGAUUGAAAGUUCUCGUCAAUGCUUGAGUUGCUCAUGUACAUUACAGGUUUCAUAAGCCACACCCGUGUAAUUUUAUUCGUUGUUACCAGGUACGACUGGAUGACUGGCAAAUAGACUUCCGUCAAGUGGAAGUACGAUCCCGUUCACACAAGAAGCUUCAUCAGAUGCUAAAAAGGUAACACCGUUUGCAAUCUGUUCAUUAUAUCGGGUAAAGAGGGAGAUGAAUCAGCAGUAUUCACGGGUAAUAUCAUAUAUUACCCCCUACUCGCCUCUUCACUAACACCAUUUCGGCCUGUCGGGUUUAAUUGACCAGACUUACCGCGAUACAAUCUUGUCAAGUGAUAAUGGUGAUGUAGAAUCUGCCUUUGAUUAUGAAAACGUAUAAGAUCAGAGAGGCAAGUGAUGGUGCUGUGAGAGGAGGGUGUUUGAGCGAAAAAACUCAAUCAUGUAAGAGAGUGUGAAGACUCAAGAUUCGAAAUGAGGAU